CGACCGGUGUUGUUUAUUUUUCUCUGUCUCUCCGUGUUGUAUUUAUUCUUGGCUGGCCGCGGAUCUGAAGUCAAUUUCCUGCCAGACAUUCCAGUGGGAAAAACACAACGUUCCCUCGAAGAGGAAAGAACCGAGAUGGUCACCGAAAUGAAGAAAAGGAAAAUUGAUUGGCAGAAAAUAAAAGGAUUGAUGACCAGCACUUUUUCUUUACGGAGAAAAGAAAUUGUGGAGGAUGAGCCACCUGUGGCGGAUGUCAGAGAAAGAUGGCCGGCACUGUUCUCUGAACGUCAGAUUGAAGCAGAGUUUGCUCGCCUUACGUCUGUUGACCUGAAAGACUCCCUCUUCGCUGGCCUUGACAAGUAUCUACUGAGGUUCCUUGGGGUGUACAGGGCCAGGAUGGGUCUGGUGGAGCUGAACAGCCUUUUGAGGACUCUGGACAUUGACGGUUCCAACCAAAGGCAAAGGGCAGUUGUUUUGAUGGGGCUCCCCCACUACUUUAAAGAUGGGUCCACACUGUACAAGAAAGUACAGGUCACAGAUGCAGAGGAGGACUGGACAAAGGGAAUGGCAGUCGGCAUCCUCAUGGUGGCACAGAUUGAUGAGCUGGUCCGUUUCGCAGUGGUCCUCGAGGAAGAGAUCAUCUUUCCAAGCAUAAGUGAUUUCCCAACUGCUGUGGCACUGCUGAUGGGUCUGCUCUUUGCCCUUAACAUCGACUACCCCAGGGGCCUUAGGUACACUUUUGAAGUUAUUCAGAAGGUGCUUAUGGACAUUGGUGGAGGGCAAUGCUCUGUCUUGGUUCAUGGCUUAAAAAACCGACUCUUGAGGAAGAAAAUGUAA